CUUGCGCAAACUACACUGUCUUCGUAUUCAGAUAUAAAAGAGAAUCAGAAAGUUUAUUGCUAGUUUUUUAUUAAGAAGAGAUAUAACCAAUUUUUAAAGUUCCUUGAUUCAAAGUCCCAGAAAAAGAAACCUGUAGAAUGGUGAAUUUACAGCGAGCCCUAUUCUCUCUUUUGUUCCUCAUUUCGUGUUCUGUGACGUCAGCAGCUCCUGAUCCUCUCUGGAAUUCAGCAGCGGAAUCAACAGACUUAGAAGAUUCAGGAGACAGUGUAGAAAGAAUUGACAAACCUUUAAUAGACUUUUUAAUUACUCGUAAUGAUUUUGAAAGAGCAGGCAUUCCAGCAUCAAGUGCAGAAAAACGAUAUGGAUUCGCAGCCAUGAGGGGUAAGAAGCUCUACAACGAUUUGGAAAGUCCUACAGUGAGGAACAGUAAACGUGCUCGCUUUUUCGGACUCCGUGGGAAAAGAGUUCCAAAUCUACGACACAAGCUUUCAGACGAAGAAUUUAAAAAUAUUCUCGGAAAACUAUUGACCGAUGCCUAUGAUUUUUCAACGAAUUCAAACGAUGCAGAUUCCAGUCCAGAAAAGCGAUUCCGCUUUACUGCUCUACGAGGGUGAAUGUCAAAUAACGCCUAGAAAAGCCAGAGAUGGUUAUUUUUGCAAUUGUUUACUAAGGACAUGGUGCAUUUAACAUCUGUUCGUUUUAUAGACAGUUCAUCUUAAGUGUGUUCAUCAUAUAUUUUAUUAAAUUCUAAGUUAUAGUAGACCUAAUUUUUGCUGUUCUGAAAUAAACUUCUAAAUGUAUAUAUAUUAAAUGACAAAGAAAUUAGGCAAAGUUAUCUGAUUUUGUUUUUAAUAAAGAAAGCAUCACCUUUAG